AUAUAUCAUAAAAUAGAACAAUUCGUAAGUUAAGUUGUAUAUUUGUAAAAACAAUUAAAAAAUAAUAAAUAAAUAUUUAUAGAAAGGGGUAGAGAAAUUAAUUAAUUAAUUAAUAAGCCGUUUGUUGAGUGUUGUUUGGGUUCUAGUCAGGUUUUUUCCAGACUAUGCUCUUCUAUCCGCUCCUGGUCGACUCAUCUCAACCUUUGAAUUCUUUUGGGUUCGUCUCCUUGCUAAGAAGAAGUUUCGCUUGUUUGUUUUGGAUCGAUAGAACUUUAUGUGUGCAGAUGCUUCUUCUCCCUGAUGUUGUUCGCUGUGUUUGACAACCGUCUCGAUCCAUCAUCGUUCUCGUUCUUGUGAUUGGUGAUAUUUGACAGGUUGGGCCUCACUCCUUGUCCUUGCUUUCCUGAAUCUGUUUUGAUAGGAUUGCCUUUUGAAGAUUUCUAGUUAGACAUUGUUGGACAUGGCAGUCGUCGUAGUCGUAUUCGAAAGCGUGCUCGAGGUUCUCUCAGCUCAUAGGUUUUGCUUGCCGGGCUAUGAAGUCUUUGGUUCUUGGUUUCGAGAGAUCAGCUCUCAUUAUGAUAGGAGAAGGUAGAUGUUAUUUUAGGAUUGGCCGCGGGCAUCCUAUGUAAAUCUCAAUCGCAGGUGCUUCAGAAGAAGUGGUUUCCUUGUAUUCUUUUGUCUAUUGUUUCUCUUAAGGUUUUAGCCUUGUGCUUCUGUCUUAGUUUAUGGUUUCGUUCUCUUGCGUUGUCGGUUUGAUAUAUUUGUUUUGUAUUUCCAGUAUUAUAAGUUCCUCUUCUAUAGAGCCUAGUUUCCGGGGACAUUUAUGUCGUCCGCCGGCUUAUGUUUCCCUCUUUUGGGCUUUAGUUUCCAGGGAUAUUCAGUUUUUCCGCCGGCUUAUGUAAUCUCAAAA